AUGGGCAAUUGGAAAUUACAUCUUCAAUGUGUUGAAAAAAUGAUCCCAUAUUUCCAUGCUAGUGGACACUUUCCAUAUGCAAAAUCGUGUCAUUUGUAUCCAAAUGAUAUGGCCAAUAUACAGUAUAAAAUGACAGCUGAUGAACAGUUACGGGUUAUAAAUGAAAGUGAUUUUACUAUAAGGCGUACAAAUCAAUUUUGGUCAGGUAAUUGGUCGGAUAUGACCAUUGAACAAACUUUAAUGCGUUCAAUGAAAACUAUUGGCGGUCUCACACAUGGCCGAGGUAUCACCGAUAGCACUUUGAAUAAGUGGAUACAAGGCUUACCAGCUGCACACGAUGUUUGUGAAAAUUUAGAAAAAUAUUGUGGUGUUUAUAUGGAAAAUUCAGAACAACAUGUUGACGCCAGGUUAUCACGAAUAUCUAGAGAUACUAACGAUUUAAAUAUAUUACUUAAAUGGUGUUCGUCGCAUCCCCCUUGUUUAGAACUAAAUGAAAUAAUUUCAAUAUCAACUGGUGUAGUAGGAGAUACAACUAUUAACUGUCAUAACGCUUAUGAAAUCGGGUUAAUUGAGAUGAAAAAAAUUAUAGGACAAACAUAUGGGACAGUUAAACUUAAGAGAAGCAGCAGAGUGUUACCUAUAGCUAUUGUAAAUUCUUCAAUUAGAAUAAGAGAAGAAAUAAAUCUAUAG